AUGAUUGAACCCAUUGGGAAUCAAUACAUAGUGGCCAGGCCAGUGUAUUCUAAAAAUGCUUUCGAAGAAGAACAUAAGAAGAAACACAGAAAUCAUAAGACAUUUCUGGAUCAUCUCAAAGCGUGUUGUAGCUGUUCCUCCCAAAAGGCCAAGAGAAUUGCCUUCUCUUUGUUCCCCAUAGCAUCUUGGUUGCCAGCAUACCGGAUAAAGGAAUGGUUGCUCAGUGACAUUGUUUCUGGAAUCAGCACAGGGCUGGUGGCUGUACUGCAAGGUCUGGCAUUUGCUCUGCUGGUCACCAUCCCCCCAAGCUAUGGAUUGUAUGCAGCUUUCUUCCCAGUCAUAAUCUACUUUUUCUUGGGCACUUCUAAGCACAUAUCUGUGGGUCCAUUUCCAGUUCUGAGUAUGAUGGUGGGAGCAGUGGUUACAAAAUUAGUCCCAGAUACCGGUACAGCUGCUAUGAAUUUCUCUAAUAGCUCAACAGUGGAUGAGCAGAAGGUGAUGGUGGCAGCAACGGUCACAGUCCUUUCUGGAAUCAUCCAGUUGGCCAUGGGAGUUCUGCGAAUUGGAUUCGUGGUGAUAUACCUUUCUGAUUCUCUGAUCAGUGGUUUCACCACAGCUGCCGCUAUUCAUGUGUUGGUUUCCCAACUCAAAUUUAUUCUUCAGCUGACUGUCCCGGCACACACUGAUCCAUUUUCAAUUUUCAAAGUUCUAAUUUCCAUAUUCACACAAAUAGAGGACACUAAUAUUGCAGAUCUUGUGACAUCUCUGGUUAUCCUGUUGAUUGUAUUUGUGGUUAAAGAAAUAAAUCAACGCUACAAAGCCAAGCUUCCAGUGCCCAUCCCGAUUGAACUCAUCAUGACUGUGAUUGCAACUGGUGUAUCCUAUGGCUUUGACUUCAAAAACAGGUUUAACGUGACUGUCAUUGGGCAGAUGCCAAGUGGAUUUCAGCCCCCUAUUACACCUGAUGUGCAGACUUUCCAAGAUACCAUAGGAGAUAGCUUCGCCAUUGGAAUUGUUGGCUUUGCAGUGGCCUUUUCAGUUGCCAGCGUCUACUCCCUUAAAUAUGAUUAUCCGAUUGAUGGCAAUCAGGAGUUAAUAGCCUUGGGCUUGGGUAAUAUAUUCUCUGGAUCUUUCAGAGGAUUUGCAGCCAGUACUUCCCUCUCCAGAUCAGCGGUUCAGGAGAGUACAGGAGGCAAAACACAGAUUGCUGGGAUUUUCUCUGCUAUCAUUGUGUUGAUUGUCAUCGUAGCCAUUGGAUUUCUCCUGGAGCCACUGCAAAAGUCUGUCUUGGCAGCUUUAGCACUUGGAAAUUUAAAGGGAAUGCUGAUGCAGUUUACUGAAAUACGCAGAUUGUGGCGAAAGGAUAAAUAUGAUUGUUUAAUCUGGAUCAUGACCUUCAUCUUUGCCGUUGUCCUGGGACUUGGUUUAGGCCUGGCAGCUAGCGUGGCAUUUCAGCUCCUAACCAUCGUGUUCAGGACCCAAUUUCCAAAAUGCAGCACACUGGCUAAUGUUGGACGGAGCAACAUCUAUAAGAAUAAAAAAGAUUACGCUGACAUGUAUGAGCCGGAAGGAGUGAAAAUUUUCAGAUGUCCAUCUCCUAUCUACUUUGCAAACAUUAGUUUCUUUAAGCGGAAACUUAUUGAUGCUGUUGGCUUUAGUCCACUUCGAGUUCUACGCAAGCGCAAUAAAGCUUUGAAAAAAAUCCGAAAACUGCAGAAGAAAGGUUUGCUACAAGUGACACCAAAAGGAUUUAUAUUUACCGUUGAUGACUUAAAAGAGUCUGAUGAAGAGCUGGACAACAACCAGAUAGAAGAACUGGAUCAGCCAAUCAACACCACAGACCUGCCCUUCCAGAUAGACUGGAAUGCUGAUCUUCCACUCGACAUAGUGGUCCCCAAAAUCAGACUCCACAGCCUCAUUCUCGAUUUUUCAGCAGUGUCAUUUCUUGAUGUCUCAUCAAUGAGGGGUAUCAAAACGAUUUUGCAAGAAUUUAUCAGGAUCAAGGUCGAUGUGUAUAUUGUUGGAACUGAUGAUGAAUUCAUUGAGAAGCUUGCUAGGUGUGAAUUUUUUGAUGAUGAAGUCAAGGACUCAAUAUUUUUCUUAACAAUCCAUGAUGCUGUUUUGCAUAUUUUGAUGAAGAAGGAUUCCAGUACUUCAAAAUUUAAUCCCAGUCAGGAAAAAGACAUAAAAUUUGAUUUUACCAUCAAUACAAAUGGAGGAUUACGUAACCGGGAGUGUCAGGUACCAGUUGAAACGAAAUUCUAA